UAGAACUUUUCACAAAAAGUGUGUCUGUCGAAUUGAAAAAAGUAGUGCUGUUAAAACCUCAAUAUAUUUCACGAAAUUAAUCAUAAUUAAACAUCAUAUUGACAAAAUUUUAAGAGAAAUGAAGAAAAUGGAGUUCCAAAAUGUAAUUCUAUGUACAACAUUGAUCGGUGCUCUGUGCUCUGCAUCUACUCCGGUGGUGGAGACGGAACAGGGCAAGCUGAGGGGGGUCCGCGCGGGGAACGUGAACCAGUACUUCGGGAUACCCUAUGCCACUAGCAAGAGAUUCCAUCCCCCGAAGGAACCAAAAUCAUGGGAAGGCGUGUUCAAUGCCGUGAACAGCAUCUCAGCAUGUGCGCAGACCAAGAGCACGCUGUUAAUUCCGGACGAGGAUUGCUUGCAUCUCGAUGUGUACACUCCAGAGAACUCCAGACCUGGAGACAAGCUCCCAGUCUUUGUCUUCAUCCACGGAGGAUCCUUCUUCUCAGGCACGAAGGCCUUGUACAACCCUGAAAACUUGGUAGCUAAGAAUAUCAUAGCAGUAACAAUUAACUAUCGUUUGGGUGUAUUGGGAUUUUUAUGUGUCAAUGGAGUUGCGAACCUUGGUCUUAAAGACCAGACAUCAGCUCUUAGAUGGAUAAAUAAGAAUAUAGCAGCAUUUGGAGGUGAUCCAGAUCAAGUCACGUUAGCCGGGCAAGACUCCGGUGCUGCGGCAGCUUCCAUGCACAUGCUAUCAGAUCAAAGUGCAGGAUUGUUCCACAAAGUUAUAUUAAUGAGCGGUUUCGCGUUAGCUCCGUGGUCUUUCAAUGUUGAUCCUGUAAGAGAUGCUCUUGAUGAUGCUAAUAUAAUAUCUAAAGCUAAAACAGAAAGAGACAUCUAUAGAGUGUUCAAUAAUGCACCGAUACGUGAGCUUCUUACUGCAACGCGAGAUCUGAGCACUAAUUUGAGAAAUUUCAAAUAUAGUCCAUGUGUGGACAGUGAAUUAUCUGAUCCAUUUUUCCGCGAUACUCCGUAUGAGAUAAUCAAAUCUGGUAAUUUUAACAAAGUGCCUGUAAUGAUGGGUGUCACUGAUCAGGAAGGGAUCGCAUUUUACGGUAGUCACAAUAAAAGUACUUUCGCUGAUUUGAACACUAACUUCACUGAACAAUUGCCAGCUGUAUUCUCGUGUUCUGAAGACGAGCGAGAAGAAAUAGCUAAUAAAAUACGAGAAAAUUAUUUUGCAAAAUAUACUAUAAAUGAAAAAGCAAUGAGAAGGGUCGUCAAAUUUGGGUCAGAUUGGCAAGCUCACAGUACUUUUGAUGCCGUGAGUGAUCUCUUGGCUGAGCAUAGCGGUGAGCCUGUCUACAAAUACGUGUUUUCGUAUGAUGGUAGUCGGAACUACUUCAAGAUGCUGUUUGGGGGAGACACUUCGAAGCUGAAGGGAGCUUCGCACAAUGAUGAUCUGUUUUAUGUGUUCAAGCCGGUGGGAGUUUCCUUGCCAGUCUCAAAGGACGAUAAUAAAAUGAUUGAAAGAUAUACCACGAUGAUAGCAAACUUCAUAAAAUAUUCCAACCCAACUCCUCGAACGACAUCGCUGCUACCGGAAGACUGGCCACCGUCCACCAAUCAGGAAUCCUACAUCAUGCAUCUCGACCGCAACCUGAAGGUCACCAAAGGACCCUGGCAGAAAGACGGCUUCUUCCUGGACCAGCUGUGCACGGCCGGCCUCCAAGGCUACAUGCCCUGUGAGAGCCAAGGGCAAUGUCAGCCUGAUGUGUCGUCAGAACAGAAGGACGAUAACUGGAGAAAUUGGUUUUUUAAACUACUGUUCACCGCUAUGGAAUAAAAGAGUUGACUAUUGAAUUUUAGCUUAAGGAAAAAACAAUCUGUAUCUAAAUUAUUUUCUAAAUUCUGAAUUGUUUGUUGUUUAGUUAAAAUUUUAAAUUAUUAAAAUGAUUAUGCCUAAUUUACUAAAUGGAUCAUGAAUAAAUAUUAGUUAAAUAUUUUCUACAACAUCUAUUUAUGGCAUAUAUAAGUCUGUGUCUACGGCAAAUAAAAUGAUACUAAUUUUGGA